AUGGCUCAGAACCAUCAGGAGCUGCUGCUGCUGCUACAUCUGCAGCAGCUACGUGCUCAGCAGCAGCAGCAGUUGUUGUUACAGCAGCAACAACAGCAGCGUCAGCAGCAGCAGCACAACAACCUUCAGCAGCAGGAAUCCUCAACAACAACAACAGCAGCAGCAGCAACAGCAGCAGCAGCAGCAGCAGCAGCAACACCUAAUAGGACAGAUAUAGAAGUUGUCUUAGACGCCACAGAAUCAGAGAGCGGAGACUCUAUCUCCUCUCAUGAAUCCCCUGAUGAGCAGCAGCAGCAGCAGCAGCAACAGCAGCAGCAGCAGCAGCAGCGGAUGCAGCAACAUUCGUCACAGUUGCAGCAACUGCAGCAGCAGUUGCAGCAACAACUGCAGCAACAUCAUUCACAGAUGCAGGCGCAGUACCCACCAUCGACGCAGCAGCAGCAGCAGCAGGAGCUGCUGCAGCAACUGCAGCAGCACCAGCAGCAGCAGCAGCAGCAGCACAGUCAAAACGUCUCCCAUCCCGUGCGGUCUCUUAGUUCAUCCAACGUUGGAGCAGCAGCAGCAACAGCAGCAGCAGCAGCAGCAGCAGCAAGUGCAGCAGCAGCAGCAGCAGCAAGUGCUGCUGCUGCUCCAACGGAGUGUUUUCAAGUCAGCAGCGACGAAUCAGAAGAGGAAGCAGCAGCAGCAGCAGCAGCAGCACCGCUGCAGCGCAGCACGAGUGUUAGCAGCAGCAGCAGCAACUACUGCAGCAGCAGCAGCAACAGCAACAGCAGAACUUCCCUCCCCAUGGAUAUGGAUGCAUUAAGCAGUAGCUUAAUGCAGCAGCUGCAGCAGAUCCAAGCAGCGCAGCAGCAGCAGCAGCAGCAGCAGCAGCAGAAGCAGCAGGAUCAGCAGCAGCUGCAGCAGCAACAGGAACAACAGCAGCAGCAACAGCAGCUGCAACAACAAAAACAGGAACAACAGCAGCAGGAGCAGCAGCAACUGCAGCAGCAACAACAACAGCAGGAGCAACAAGAUCAGGAGGAACAAGAGCAGCAGCAGCAGCAGCAGCAAGAGCAGCAGCAGCAGCAGGACAAGCAACAAGAGAAGCAAGAGGAGCAGCAGCAACAGCAGCAGGAGGAGGAAGAAGAAGAAGAGGAAGAAGAGGAAGGCGACAAUAUAAAAGAAGAGCAGCAGCAGCAGCAGCAGCAGCCAACUCCCUCGCAGCAGAAAUCUAGGCAAAAACAGCAGCAGCAGCAGCAGCAGCAGGAUCGUCGUCCCCAACGGGGCAGCAGCCGCCUUGCUGCAGCAGCUGCAGCAGCAGCAGCAGCAGCAGCAGAAAAGAGCGAAUCUGCUGCAUCUAGCAGCAUGAAGAAUCUCCGUCAGCGUACAACAGUAGCAGGAACAUCAUCUGCAGCAGCAGCAGCAGCAGCAGAAGCAGCAGCAGCAGCAGCAGCAGCAGGCAGCAGCAGCAGCGAAGAAGAUGAAGAAAAUGGUUGUAGUGACUAUGAAGGAAACAGCGAUAAAUCAGACAAAACUAAAUAUGAAUUAUUCAGAAUGCUGCCAGGGUUAUGGGUUGAAGCUGCGGAUACACCGCAGAAGCAUGGAGGAGACAGCAGCAAUUCUUCGCAAAACAGCAGCAGCAGCAACAGCAGCAACAGCAACAGCAACUCUCAGUAA